AUGUCGCUCCUUCACUCUCUCGCGCACUCAUCCUCCCUCUUCACGCUUCACCAGCGUCGCUCCGCGGUCCACCUCACGCGCCUCCGGAGGCCGCCGCCCUCCACCGUCUCCUGCGGCGGCCAUCCGCGGACCCUCCCGUCGUCGGAACAGGAAUUCCUGGAGGCCAUCGCCGGCUCCGACGAGAGGCUGCUGCCCUGCGUCAGGACGUACGAGAACGACUCGGCCCGGCUCAGCAUCGUCGGGGCCGUCGACUUCGGGCAGGCCCUGACCGCGGCCGCGGCCGACGGCGGCGAGGCCGCCAGCGAGCACGUCGAGUCCGGCGCGCGCGCGAUGGUGGUCGAGACCGUGUACCCUGGAGGCGCUGAGGGCCGGAGCACCGUUUCCACGCGAUUGUUUCUGCCGGCUAGGAAAGUUAAAGAGAAGGCAAGCAAACUAAAAAUUACCAAAGACAUGCUGGGCAGCCCAACAUCAAGGAACAUACUUGCCAUGACAUUUAGACAAGUAGUUGUGCAGCAGCUUUGGAAUUUUCAACUGGUAUUGUUUCAUCCCGGAGCUGAACGAAAUAUGGAAGAUCUUGAAAGCCCCAGAGAGGUCCCUGUGUCCUUUGCCAUCAGCUCAUUGGAUGAACAAGUCAUUUCUAUGCUUGCUGAAGUUGUUUGUACAUCUGCUCUUCAAAGUACUGAACAACUUGUGCUUGGCAAUGCGCAUGGAGAAUUUUUUAGUACUGUCUCUCGAUGGUUCAGGAAACCCAGAAGGUUUUCUUCAAAAGAUUCUUCAGUUAUUUUGUGGAAGUUAUUUGAAGAUGAGAUGGUUGAAAAUGCCACAAUUUUGCUGGAACAAUUUAGCUCGAGCAAGGGAAAAAUUCGGCUUCGUAAAUCAGGGUCAAAGUUCUUUGGGUGGACGCAAGCUGUGCAGUCUAAACUGGAGAAGAUUGGUGGUCCUGAUUUCUGUGCUUGGUUAACUGAAUAUGUACCUGCCUACAGGCUACAAAUUGAUACUCAAAAGCUGCUGGAUCUGAAAUUAGAUGGCUGGAGGAAACUCGAUGGGAGUAUGCAAGAGGUUCUUUUGACCCACUCCCAGAUGGCUGGAUUGGCCGACAUACUAGAUUUGUUCUAUGAAGACGUUUAUACACUGCCCACCAAAGAGCUUUCAUGUCACAUGGUCCUGAAUUCUACCAUCUUGUCCAAUGAAAAGUGGAGCUUAUCCUUAUUUAAGAUGCUUUCUCUUGCCCUUGCUGGUGUGAUUUUUGCCGUUGCCCUCAAAGCUUUUGGUCAAGGGUUUUUGCCUCAGUUUAGCAAGGAAAAGAGAUACCUGAAUGGACAUGGAACUCCUCCAUCUGAAAUCGACAGUUUGCAUGAUGAGCUGUCUGAUCAAGCUAAAGUAUAGCAUGAAGUGGCGACUGGAUUUCGUCUACCGUAAAUACUUGUUGGAUCGGUGUCCGUCUUGGUCCCAUGCCAUGGAAACAUUGGUUAGUAUCCCAUGAAGUCACUAAAAUCAUCAAGCAGAGAUAUGCAGUAUUAGUAUCUCAAGCUGCCAUUUUAGUGAUUAGGCCGUGAAGAUAUGAUCAGGCCUAGAGAAUUGGUUUUUUGCCUAAAGUUUUGUUUAGGGUUAUUGGGUUUGUUCUUUCUGAAAUUUGUUUAGAAGUACAGAAACAGUGUAUUUCUGCGGCUCAGUCGUAUUGAUUCUGUGACUACUGAUAGUCUAAUUGUUUU